UCUACCAUCUAUUAUAAUUUUAAACUAAACUAAAAUUUUAAUUUGUACAUUUAAUUAUCUAGAAUUCCUAGGCGUUAUUUAAAAAAACAAACGCAUUUAUAGGAAUUUUUUUAUGAUUUAUACAUUUAUAUAGUUAUUUUGUAGAAAUAUAUAGUAUUUACUUAAUUAAUAUGGAAUCAGAUAAGUCUGCGUUUCAACCUAUAGAUUUAGUUGGCAAAGUUAUAAUAAAAGUUCAGUUAGGUGAUGAUAUAAGAAAAGUAUUGAUUCAUAAUGAAUCAAUUACCUACGAUGAAUUACUGUUGAUGAUGCAGCGCAUAUUUAACGGUAAACUAACAGCUAAUGAUGAUCUUACUAUCAAGUAUAAAGAUGAAGAUGGAGAUUUAAUUACUGUGUUUGAUAGCCAAGACUUAUCAUUUGCUCUUCAGACUAGCAGGGUAUUAAAAUUACAAGUAUUUAUGAAUAAUUUGUGUUUAAAAGAACGACCAACUCCAAUAUUUAACAAUGAAGAUUUUAAGAAACAAUUACGUCAUAUCAGGAAUGCAGUGACAUUGUUAUUAGAUACUAUUGAUGAUAAUCCUGAAGUUAGAAAUAAUAAUACCGAAACUCCAAAUCAGAUAGGGCAAGAGGAGCCAAAGGUUUUGCCUCAACAGCCACCAUCUAAUAAUGGUGUUGCUAAGGAGUUUGAUCCUCUCCGUAGCUCACAGGAUGAAAAACCAAAAUCCCCUCAACCAGUACUGCAAGUUAAAUCUGAACCCUCUCAUGAGAAUAUGUCAACCCCACAGCCUCAAUGUCAUACACCACCUGUUCAGCAAUGCCAGAUUCAAAAUACUUAUAAUGGACAAUCUCAAGGUGCCAUUAAUCAACAUAAUCCAUACUCAGGUGGACAAGUACCUCAACAAGGAUCACAAGAUAAAUGGACACCUUACCCACCAACUGCAAUGCGUGUGUCUUACCCAAAUCAAAAUUUUUAUGGAUAUCCCCAACAGUUACCUGGGUAUAGUCAGAUACCACCACCAAUAAAACCCCAAACAGGUAAUCCACCUGUACAUUCAGUGUAUUAUCCAAUUAGUACAACAUCUAAUACACAAUAUACUACCAAUCAAUAUCCUGGACAGUAAAAAAAACCAAAUACAUUUAUAAACUAAUGUACUUACCAAUUUAAUGUUCAAAUAAUUAGAGCAAGUGUUUUUAUAUAACAAGGUUAUAUUAAAAGGAAAUUAUGUAGGAAACAAGUAGAAAGAACAACAAAUAUGAAUUUUAAAGUGUCAUUUUAAUUUUUCUUAUUUAUUCUUAUAUUUUAAUACGAAAAGUUACUUCAAUAAAAAGGUACUGUUU